GUCCGCCCGGGGCUAGGGCGGUCGCUCUCGCCAUUGUCCCCGCGGCUUUCCGCCUGUGAAACACGUCCUUCCUCUGGGUCCUUGAGCCCCUCCCACUUUUUGGAGAGAAGAGCCACUCAGUUUUUUUUCCUAAGGACCUGUUGGUGGACCUCUCCUCUCUUUCGUAACGCGGAUAUAGCCUUUUCCCUUCCUGGUAGGAAGAGGAAGGAGGGGUCCGGGAAGGAAGCCGAUUUCCUUCUUUCCCCCUCUGCACGCUUGCUAGCCCCAGCGAUCGCUGCUGGCCCCCGGGUAGGAAAGUGGGGUUCCUGGCCGUUUCUGCGACUCUGGCCUAGGGCUUGCAGCUGCUGUUGAGUGAAAGCACGCAGACUGGCGGGAGCCGAUCAUUUCUCCAAUGAAGAAGAGAAAGCGCAAUUCCCUCCUUAUGCUCUAGGGAAUUGAGCCGCGUCCCAGAUCACCCAUUCCAGAAAUGUGAAACCGGGUCCUCACAAAGUCGUCUCUGGGGAAGAGGUGGCGUGCGGGGUGGGGGUUGGUGGAGGGUGAAGGCAUAAGCAAACAUAUUUUAAAAUCCAGAUCGUAAGAAGUGUCACCUGGCCCCUCACCCAGGCAUGCUUUCUGGGGGAAGCGCAGGGCCAAGCUUUCCCUAGAAAAGCUGGGGCGAAGAGAGAGCAGGCGGCGGCUAAGGAGCUCCUGGCAGGCUGGGAAGGUGGAGAAGUGGGGUGAGGUAUUUUUCUAGAAAGUGUAGCCCUAGCUCAUCUCCUAGAUUGGGGAAGAGGGAACUGAGGGAGGAGGGAAGGAGACCCAGGGCAGCUCCAGGAUAGGGAAAUGUUGGAGAAGGGACUGCGUUCUCCAACCGAACCCUCCCUCCUGGGAACCGCAGCCCAGCGCGGUAACAGAGUUACCGCAACCGGGCGGUGGGGAGGAAGGGUGGUCCAGGAAACCGGCGAGGGAGAAAAGCGGUGGAAGGGAGAGUCUUCUCCCUGGAGCGGCCCCAGCAGUACAAAGUGCUGGUCACAGCGCCCCUUCCGCCCCUAGAUUGACGAGCAGUGGCGUGGAGCCAGCGCGGAGGCUGCCCCCUCCCCCUCCCGAGCCCGCAGCGCGGAGCGCGGUUUAGCACCAACGGAGCCGGGGGCGGCGUCUUUGGGAUGGAAAAGGGCCAAAGGGGAGGAGUGGGGUGGGGGGGGGGGUUCACUGGUCCACUAUAAAAGGACCGCUCGGCUGCCCGGUUCUUGCACUCGCUGGAAAGCGGCUCCGAGCCAGGGGCUAUUGCAAAGCCAGGGUGCGCUACCGGACGGAGAGGGGAGAGCCCUGAGCAGAGUGAGCAACACCGCAGCCAAGGCGGAGGCCGAAGAGGGGCGCCAGGCACCAAUCUCCGCGUUGCCUCAGCCCCGGAGGCGCCCCAGAGCGCUUCUUGUCCCAGCAGAGCCACUCUGCCUGCGCCUGCCUCUCAGUGUCUCCAACUUUGCGCUGGAAGAAAAACUUCCCGCGCGCCGGCAGAACUGCAGCGCCUCCUCUUAGUGACUCCGGGAGCUUCGGCUGUAGCCGGCUCUGCGCGCCCUUCCAACGAAUAAUAGAAAUUGUUAAUUUUAACAAUCCAGAGCAGGCCAACGAGGCUUUGCUCUCCCGACCCGAACUAAAGCUCCCUCGCUCCGUGCGCUGCUGCGAGCGGUGUCUCCUGGGGCUCCAAUGCAGCGAGCUGUACCCGAGGGGUUCGGAAGGCGCAAGCUGGGCAGCGACAUGGGGAACGCGGAGCGGGCUCCGGGUUCUCGGAGCUUUGGGCCCGUACCCACGCUGCUGCUGCUCGCCGCGGCGCUACUGGCCGUGUCGGACGCACUCGGGCGCCCCUCCGAGGAGGACGAGGAGCUAGUGGUGCCGGAGCUGGAGCGCGCCCCGGGACAAGGGACCACGCGCCUCCGCCUGCACGCCUUUGACCAGCAGCUGGAUCUGGAGCUGCGGCCCGACAGCAGCUUUUUGGCGCCCGGCUUCACGCUCCAGAACGUGGGGCGCAAAUCCGGGUCCGAGACGCCGCUUCCGGAACCCGACCUGGCGCACUGCUUCUACUCCGGCACCGUGAAUGGCGAUCCCAGCUCAGCUGCCGCCCUCAGCCUCUGCGAGGGCGUGCGCGGCGCCUUCUACCUGCUGGGGGAGGCGUAUUUCAUCCAGCCGCUGCCCGCCGCCAGCGAGCGCCUCGCCACCGCCGCCCCAGGGGAGAAGCCGCCGGCACCACUACAGUUUCACCUCCUGCGGCGGAAUCGGCAGGGCGACGUCGGCGGCACGUGCGGGGUCGUGGACGACGAGCCCCGGCCGACUGGGAAAGCGGAGACCGAAGAUGAGGACGAAGGGACUGAGGGCGAGGACGAAGGGGCUCAGUGGUCGCCGCAGGACCCGGCACUGCAAGGCGUAGGACAGCCCACAGGAACUGGAAGCAUAAGAAAGAAGCGAUUUGUGUCCAGUCACCGCUAUGUGGAAACCAUGCUUGUGGCAGACCAGUCGAUGGCAGAAUUCCACGGCAGUGGUCUAAAGCAUUACCUUCUCACCUUGUUUUCGGUGGCAGCCAGAUUGUACAAACACCCCAGCAUUCGUAAUUCAGUUAGCCUGGUGGUGGUGAAGAUCUUGGUCAUCCACGAUGAACAGAAGGGGCCGGAAGUGACCUCCAAUGCUGCCCUCACUCUGCGGAACUUUUGCAACUGGCAGAAGCAGCACAACCCACCCAGUGACCGGGAUGCAGAGCACUAUGACACAGCAGUUCUUUUCACCAGACAGGACUUGUGUGGGUCCCAGACAUGUGAUACUCUUGGGAUGGCUGAUGUUGGAACUGUGUGUGAUCCGAGCAGAAGCUGCUCCGUCAUAGAAGAUGAUGGUUUACAAGCUGCCUUCACCACAGCCCAUGAAUUAGGCCACGUGUUUAACAUGCCACAUGAUGAUGCAAAGCAGUGUGCCAGCCUUAAUGGUGUGAACCAGGAUUCCCACAUGAUGGCGUCAAUGCUUUCCAACCUGGACCACAGCCAGCCUUGGUCUCCUUGCAGUGCCUACAUGAUUACAUCAUUUCUGGAUAAUGGUCAUGGGGAAUGUUUGAUGGACAAGCCUCAGAAUCCCAUACAGCUCCCAGGCGAUCUCCCUGGCACCUCUUACGAUGCCAACCGGCAGUGCCAGUUUACAUUUGGGGAGGACUCCAAACACUGCCCCGAUGCAGCCAGCACAUGUAGCACCUUGUGGUGUACCGGCACCUCUGGCGGGGUGCUGGUGUGCCAAACCAAACACUUCCCGUGGGCAGAUGGCACCAGCUGUGGAGAAGGGAAAUGGUGUAUCAACGGCAAGUGUGUGAACAAAACCGACAGAAAGCAUUUUGAUACGCCUUUUCAUGGAAGCUGGGGAAUGUGGGGGCCUUGGGGAGACUGUUCGAGAACGUGCGGUGGAGGAGUCCAGUACACGAUGAGGGAAUGUGACAACCCAGUCCCAAAGAAUGGAGGGAAGUACUGUGAAGGCAAACGAGUGCGCUACAGAUCCUGUAACCUUGAGGACUGUCCAGACAAUAAUGGAAAAACCUUUAGAGAGGAACAAUGUGAGGCACACAACGAGUUUUCAAAAGCUUCCUUUGGGAGUGGGCCUGCAGUGGAAUGGAUUCCCAAGUACGCUGGUGUCUCACCAAAGGACAGGUGCAAGCUCAUCUGCCAAGCCAAAGGCAUUGGCUACUUCUUCGUUUUGCAGCCCAAGGUUGUAGAUGGUACUCCAUGUAGCCCAGAUUCCACCUCUGUCUGUGUGCAAGGACAGUGUGUAAAAGCUGGUUGUGAUCGCAUCAUAGACUCCAAAAAGAAGUUUGAUAAAUGUGGUGUUUGUGGGGGAAAUGGAUCUACUUGUAAGAAAAUAUCAGGAUCAGUUACUAGUGCAAAACCUGGAUAUCAUGAUAUCAUCACAAUUCCAACUGGAGCCACCAACAUCGAAGUGAAACAGCGGAACCAGAGGGGAUCCAGGAACAAUGGCAGCUUUCUUGCCAUCAAAGCUGCUGAUGGCACGUAUAUUCUUAAUGGUGACUACACUUUGUCCACCUUAGAGCAAGACAUUAUGUACAAAGGUGUUGUUUUGAGGUACAGCGGCUCUUCUGCGGCAUUGGAAAGAAUUCGCAGCUUUAGCCCUCUCAAAGAGCCCUUGACCAUCCAGGUUCUUACUGUGGGCAAUGCCCUUCGACCUAAAAUUAAAUACACCUACUUCGUAAAGAAGAAGAAGGAAUCUUUCAAUGCUAUCCCCACUUUUUCAGCAUGGGUCAUUGAAGAGUGGGGCGAAUGUUCUAAGUCAUGUGAAUUGGGUUGGCAGAGAAGACUGGUAGAAUGCCGAGACAUUAAUGGACAGCCUGCUUCCGAGUGUGCAAAGGAAGUGAAGCCAGCCAGCACCAGACCUUGUGCAGACCAUCCCUGCCCCCAGUGGCAGCUGGGGGAGUGGUCAUCAUGUUCUAAGACCUGUGGGAAGGGUUACAAAAAAAGAAGCUUGAAGUGUCUGUCCCAUGAUGGAGGAGUGUUAUCUCAUGAGAGCUGUGAUCCUUUAAAGAAACCUAAACAUUUCAUAGACUUUUGCACAAUGGCAGAAUGCAGUUAAGUGGUUUAAGUGGUGUUAGCUUUGAGGGCAAGGCAAAGUGAGGAAGGGCUGGUGCAGGGAAAGCAAGAAGGCUGGAGGGAUCCAGCGUAUCUUGCCAGUAACCAGUGAGGUGUAUCAGUAAGGUGGGAUUAUGGGGGUAGAUAGAAAAGGAGUUGAAUCAUCAGAGUAAACUGCCAGUUGCAAAUCUGAUAGGAUAGUUAGUGAGGAUUAUUAACCUCUGAGCAGUGAUAUAGCAUAAUAAAGCCCCGGGCAUUAUUAUUAUUAUUUCUUCUGUUACAUCUAUUACAAGUUUAGAAAAAACAAAGCAAUUGUCAAAAAAAGUUAGAACUAUUACAACCCCUGUUUCCUGGUACUUAUCAAAUACUUUGUAUCAUGGGGGUUGGGAAAUGAAAAGUAGGAGAAAGGUGAGAGUUUUACUAAGACCUGUUUUACUUUACCUCACUAACAAUGGGGGGGAGAAAGGAGUACAAAUAGGAUCUUUGACCAGCACUGUUUAUGGCUGCUAUGGUUUCAGAGAAUGUUUAUACAUUAUUUCUACCAAGAAUUAAAACUUCAGAUUGUUCAACAUGAGAGAAAGGCUCGGCAACGUGAAAUAACUCAAACGGCUUCCUCUUUCCUUUUUUGGACCAUCUCAGUCUUUAUUUGUGUAAUUCAUUUUGAGGAAAAACAACUCCAUGUAUUUAUUCAAGUGCAUUAAAGUCUACAAUGGGAAAAAAAAAGCAGUGAAGCAUUAGAUGCUGGUAAAAACUAGAGGAGACACAAUGAGCUUAGUACCUCCAACUUCCUUUCUUUCCUACCAUGUAACCCUGCUUUGGGAAUAUGGAUGUAAAGAAGUAACUUGUGUCUCAUGAAAAUCAGUACAAUCACACAAGGAGGAUGAAACGCCGGAACAAAAAUGAGGUGUGUAGAACAGGGUCCCACAGGUUUGGGGACAUUGAGAUCACUUGUCUUGUGGGGAGGCUGCUGAGGGGUAGCAGGUCCAUCUCCAGCAGCUGGUCCAACAGUCGUAUCCUGGUGAAUGUUUGUUCAGCUCUUCUGUGAGAAUAUGAUUUUUUCCAUAUGUAUAUAGUAAAAUAUGUUACUAUAAAUUACAUGUACUUUAUAAGUAUUGGUUUGGGUGUUCCUUCCAAGAAGGACUAUAGUUAGUAAUAAAUGCCUAUAAUAACAUAUUUAUUUUUAUACAUUUAUUUCUAAUGAAAAAAACUUUUAAAUUAUAUCGCUUUUGUGAAAGUGCAUAUAAAAUAGAGUAUUUAUACAAUAUAUGUUACUAGAAAUAAAAGAACACUUUUGGAA